AUGUCCUACUACGAUAUUGACUCCAUAUUGACCGACGCACAAAAACUGCCAUGUACAUUUGAACUCGAAGUACCGGGACUCGGUAUUCUGGAGGGCAAUGCGGGCGAAGAUAUCAAAGCUGGCACCCGGAUCGAUCUGCCACUGUGGCUAGGUGAAAUGCUCUCGAUCGGCGCACGAUUGGGCACAUCACGUCUCGUCACACUCGACAUGCCCGACGCUCUCUCCGAGCGAGUGAUGAAUGCGCUGAAGGCGGAUCCCCGCACCCUUGACCUACGCGCAUUAGCACCGCAUUUUUACAACCUAAGCGAGCGGAUCCUCGAGCUCUUCGAGGAGGAAGAGAUGGUCGAUGUUCUCAGUGAUACAUUCAAGAAACGGGCGGCAGAGAUUGCCGACCACGCACAUAACUCCCGUGGUGCGGUUGGUAACGGAGUUGAUUUCCUCCGCAGGCUGGAUGAGACUGAGCGACAGUUGUUCCGCGCUGCCCAUGAUCGAGCGAGAGAUAUGCGCAUCUGGGCUGGAGAGGCGAAGCGGAAGUAA